AUGCCUGGACCAGCGCCGGCAGCUCCGCGCGAUGCAGGCAACCCGCCAGGCGGCGCCACCGACAGAGAGCCAGCCGACCCGCCGCCAGGCGCCGCAGCAGCCAGACCGCCACCGCAGCAGCCCCGCCGCUUCGCCAGCCGCUCCUUCUACGGCAGCCGGCUGCAGCAGGCGGGCGGCGGCACGGCCCGGCAGCAGCAGGUGGAGGAUCGUGUGCUGCGCUUCCUGGCAAAUGUGCAGCGCCGGUUUCAGGCGGCGGCAGACGCUCCCUCGGCCGCCGCCGCCACCUGGCAGGUCUUCCCCAGCCAGCAGCCCGCCUUUGACCUCGCAGACUCGCAGCCAGGGCUGGAGGUCUUCUCAGUGGAGUACGGCCAGGACGGCAAGCGCCGCUUCAUCGCCACCAGCCGCGCCGAGUUUUGGAGGCGAUACCUCGACAUGCUGCCCCAGCACCGCCACUACUACGAAAUCAUCCGCCAGGGCGCCCCCUGCCACCUCUACUUUGACCUGGAGUUUCAGCGGGAACACAACCCGGGCCUGGACGGCGGCGCGGCGGUGGACGCGCUGCUGGAGCUGGUACGGGAGCAGCUGCGUGGCAGCUUCCAACUGGACAUGCAGGACAGCUGGGUACUGGAGCUGGACAGCAGCACUGACACCAAGUUCUCGCGGCAUCUGGUGAUCAGGAUCCCGGGCGUCGCCUUUGCCAGCAACGCCCACGCCGGCGCCUUGGUGCUCCAGCUGUGUGCUGGGGCCAGGGAGCGGCGGGGGCAGGACUCGCGCUGCGAGCUGCUCAUCGUGAAGAAGAAGGGAGGCGAGGAGGCUCUGUUUGUCGACCCCGCCGUCUACACCCGCAACCGCGCAUUCCGCCUGUACCUCUCAUCCAAGGCCGGCAAGCAGGCAGUGCUGCAGAACACGGGGCGGUUUGGGGGCGCGGGGCUCACGAUGCAGGAGUGUUUCGAUGCCGCCCUGGUCACCAAUGUGCCGUCGGGGGUGCGCCUGCUGCGCUGCUUCGAGGAGUCGGCUGAGGAGGUGGCGGCGCUCACGGCCCGGGCCAGCCGGCAGCAGGCUCGGGGGGUUGUGCCGGGCGGUUUGGUGCCUGGCGGCGCGGGCCAGGUGUGCUAUGGGCCGUGCCCUCACCCAGAGCUGGAGGCCUUCAUCACCAGCAUGUGCUGCGAGGGAGGCUCGCAGGGGCGGGUGCGCAGCUGGGUGGAGCUGGAGCCGGGGCUGCUGCUGUUCAACAUGAGGGACAACCGCUACUGCGGCAACGUGGGCAGGCAGCACAAGAGCAACGGCGUCUUCUACGUGGCAGACCUCAAGGGCGGCAGCUGGUGCCAGCGCUGCUACGACUCUGAGUGUCGCAACUACCGCUCGCCGCUCAUGCCGCUGCCGGCGCACCUGCUGGCGGAAUGGCCUCAGCAAGCAAUUCCUGCAACUCCGGCGCAUGGCGCCCAGGGCCAGCCAGGCAGCGCCGCCGCGGUCAGCGCCUGUGCCAGCUGCGGCGGCAGCGGCAGCGCUCGGGGCUGCCGCUGCAUGCUGCCGGCAGCCAGCCAUGGCGCAGAUGACGACAGUCUCAUGCUGCAAGCGCUGGAGCAAUACGAGCAACAGCGGGGACCGCAGCAGCAGCAGCAGCAGCAGCCACAACCUGAGGCAGCCGCAUGCACAGCAGCAGCAGCAGACGUAGCAGGGGAGAUCGCAGCGGCCGAGCCGUCAGACGACGCUCUGCUGCUGCAGGCGCUGCUGCAGUGGGAGCAGCACGUGGCUGCCACGCCAAAUGGGGUGGGGGAGGGCCCAGGCCCGUCCCCGGCACUGCCCGCCGCGGCACAGCAGGCGCAGCAUCAGCAGGUUCUGCCGCCGCCCACGGCCCAGCCGCAGCAGCGGCCGCUGGAGGUCUGGGAGAAGCUGCUCUAG